UUUCAAGACGCCUUUCGUUUCCAUGGUAGUAGUUAAAGCGUUGGGUCCUAAUAGGGACCUACUCUGUUAAGAGUCGCACUUUUGCUUUUCUAGAAAUUGAAGGGAAAAAAGACAAAAACCCACCCUAUAACGCAAUAACUCUCAUUCCCCGUAUUAUAAUCGAGAUGGGAAGCCGCGUAGCCUUCUUACUCUGUGUUUCUGAGACAUUUUUAUAUUUGACAGACGCUCCGAUCCUUUGCAGUUGAACUACAAACGGAUUGUGACGUCAUCUCACACGGCCCUAGUGUCGCUCGACGUUCAAAAGAAUUGGCGAACAGCAAAUCUGGCCGUGACAGCAUGGAGUGUUGCAGUAUACAUAAUACCAGUCUCCCUCAUCACUGAGUUUUUCGUUGUGCAGCAGAGGAAUACUUUUCUGAGACUUGACAGGGCGAUUGUUUGGAAAGCAAGGUGAAACAGGCUGACUGUUGUUUUUCUGCAAUGGCUCCUCACAAAUUUGUCAUUAAGUGUGGGAAUUUUGCUGUGCUGGUGGAUCUCCAUGUUCUGCCCCUGGGCGGCCAAGAGGACGCCAGCUGGUUUACUAUGGGCCACAUUGAGGAGGUAACAGCCCUGGUUCAAGAUGCUGUUGACCAGAGGGUCAAGCAAUACACAGAGUCCCUCCACAGUAGAAGACACCUAAAACACAAGAAGGAACUGCCACCUGCUUCAGCCUGUUUUGUGAAAGGGAAAACAUUCAACCUGGUUGCCAAUUUUUUGAAGCGGCACUUCAACCUGAGAUGUAUCGUCAAGCAACUCUAUGGAGAUUUGCGUGUGUUUCCUGAGCGAUAUGUUGUGUGUGUGAGCUGUCCAGAGAAUGCCUCAGCACACCAUGGAAACCUGAGCCUGGCCGCGACUGAGCUGAGUGAACAAAGCAGAUCAGAAUAUUUUUCCAGAGUAGGAGAAACCCAAGAGCCUUUAAACAGCCCCACGAAAACAAAGAAGACAGUGCUUCAAAAGAUAGCCAAACAAGCUAGUGUCCAACAGCAGCUCCAUGCCUCCAAUGUGGAGGAGCAGCAAACUGACCAGAGAGCCUGUCCCAAAGAACAAAGAGGGGAACUUCAAAUGCGAGAGUCUGAAUCAAGCCAAAAACAAACUGUGUCCAGCUCUGAACGGAAGACAAUCCCAGAGGCAAAGCACCAGGUGCCUUGUCCCAGUGCCUUAACUGAAGCCAUGGCUCAGAUUGGGACUAUUCAAAAACCAGGCCUGGCCCAGGAACUGCAGACUGACACCAACUCUCCAAACAGCAAAAACCCAGCAGGAGCCUUAGUAGUUUUCUGCCAGCAAGAACUCCGUCAGGAGACCAGUAAGAGCAAGAGGUGCAAGCUGAGUGAUGCUGGGGUAGACCCUCACCCACAAAAGGCCAAGAGGGCGUGCUUUGGAAGACCUCCAGCCACAAUGCUAACACACUCCACCGAGAGCUCUACACAAACAUCCAAGCAUGACCUUCUUCCUCUGCCGCCCCUUCCUCUAGUCGAAGCCAAGGCAGAGUCCAAGGCUUUCCCAGUCUCCAAGUGCAUGAAAACCACACUGGAAGUAGAGCUGCUUACGCCAGGGAAAUGCGCCCAGAGGCUCCCCCUCACAAGCAAUAACACGGCACAGACAAACCAAAACAGGCUGGCCACAAGUCUGAGGGGCCUAUCUGUCAAGCCUGCAUCCUCAGGCUCCUCUAUUAGUUCCAGAUCCACACUCAGAGAGGAGGGGGAUGAAUAUGUGCCCAGAACCUCUAGAUUACGACGAGUGAAGAAGUCCUGAGGGAGAGAGACAAGCUACAGUAAAGAUGCCUGACGCCACAGAGAUAAAGAUGAUAUUGUGUCAGGCUACAUGUUUACCCCAUGCAGUCUCCUCAGAUGACUUGCAUUUGUACAUGUCACAGUUUACAACAAUGUCUCUUCUUCUCACAUGUGCUUUACAGACAGGCAGUACGCAUACGCACACGCACACACGCUGUGUGCGCGUGUGUGCGUGUGCGUAUGCGUAGGUGUUGCGGAGGUGUUGCGUACACAUACACACACACACACACACCAAAAUGCUGAACAUAUCAUAGCAAUUGAUACAUGAGCUACUCUUUGUCAAAUACUUGAAACAGACUUUGUCUCCACCCAUAAAUAGUGGUGGUCAAGAAAGGCUUGCAAAUGAAAGUCAAAAACCUUUAAUUGGAGUUUAGAUUUGGUUUUGUGUUAAAGAUUGGGGAUUUCAGACAGGCAGGAGCCAUGCAGUACGUCAUGGCUUUCAGUCUGAAACGCUGGCUCCUACGUGUCUGAAAAGUGUCCAGUUUCCCUGCUGAAGCUCUGCUGUGAUUGAUUGCUAUUUCCAGUUUUAUUUCAUCACGCUGUGCUCAAAAAUGUCCUUUUGUAUUUAGAUUUCGUUCCGACACAAUUUGCUCAGUGCUGAGUUGCUAAGUACCUGAAAUCUAUCUUUAGAUGUGAAGGGUUUAUGCAGCUUUUAUACUAAACUUGAAUUAAAUGUGUGGUUGUAUGGGGUACAUUGAACUCUUAGUAGUUUUGUAUGGGAUGGCUACAGUAUCCCAGGUUAAAAUGAAGAAAGUGAAAUUGUGCCACCGCCGCCGCCCCGAUAUUCAACAGAGCUGCUUGUCGCUUUAUUGACCAGGAUCUGCAGCGAGCAUAGGGCAACUAGGGGCCAACUCAUGAUGACAAAAUGUUGCCUGAACACAUUACUCUUGAUUUGUUUUUAUUGUACUGGAAAUGCAUUUAUAAUUGAAUCAUAUUAAUAAAUGUUUUCUUCCCCUAUGAGAAAAAUCUGAAUGUUUGUGGAGAUCAAUAUAACGGGCUGAUACUUUUCUUUUGCAAUGUUGCACUUAUACCCAGUCCAGACUAAUGACUGGUCAUGAUGACCACUAAUAAUAAUAAUAAUAAAGCAGCAGUAUUGGCAGAUGUUACCUGAAAUAAAUC